CGCAACACUCAGUUCGUUCGUUCGCUCUUUCCAAAUUCAACGUGCAAAUCAACUUCUUCAAAAUAUUUGCGAACAAAAAUAGUUUUUACUCAAUAAAACCCGCCCUGACAUAGUGAACGAUGUCCGCUGCCACCGACUCGGCCUCGCUGGAGGACACCGCCACCGUCGGCUUCCAGAUCAUCGCCCUGGCCAAGGACAAACCGGGCGGCAUCAACAAUGACGAUCUUGUGGCAGCCAUACCGGAGGUGAAACCGGAACACCGGGUCCAAGCGUUGAACAAAUUGCUCCAGGAGGGGGUACUGGAGAUUCUGAAGAAGGGAACCACGCUCAUCUACCGGUUGAAGGAUCCGUCGAAGAAGUCCACCGCACCGAAGGACAUCGACAACGAGGAGAAGAUCAUCUACAAUAUCAUCGAGGAAGGUGGUAACAAGGGCAUCUGGAUUAGGGACAUAAGGGUGAAAUCGAAUCUGAUUAUGACGCAGCUGAACAAGGUGCUCAAGCAGCUGGAGAACAAGAAGCUGAUCAAAGCUGUGAAGUCGGUCAAUGCCAGCAAGAAGAAAGUCUACAUGUUGUAUAACCUGGAGCCGGACCGAUCCAUUACCGGAGGCGCCUGGUACCAGGAUCAGGACUUUGAGGCGGAGUUCGUGGACGUCCUGAAUCAGCAGUGCCUGCGGUUUCUGCGGAUGAAGCGUGAAUCAGCCAAGGAGUGCCGUGAUGGACCGCUGGCGGUGCAGAAGCUGUCCUACUGUUCGGUGGGAGAUGUUCACAAGUUCAUCUCCGAUUUGGGCAUCAGUAAGAUUAGCCUGGAUGAGGACGAUUUGGAAACGAUUUUGAAAACGGUAGUCUACGACGGGAAGGCCGAAUCGAUUCCUACGGCGGAGGGAAAGUAUCUGUAUAAAGCGAUCGAAGCUCCGAUGUCUUCGCCCGGAUUGGUUCAGAUGCCGUGCGGAAUCUGUCCGGUGAUAAGGAACUGUUCCGAUUGCGGUGCUAUUACUCCCAAACUGUGUUCGUACAUCAACGAGUGGUUGGAUUAGAAAAGACUGACGUAAGGUGAGUUA